AUGGCGUCGCCAGCCGCUGCGCUCCCCUUGGAGGUCCUUCUGCAACUCUUCAACAGCCUCGACGCGCGAUCCUACUUUGCUGCGCGCAAAGUGUGUAGAUGGUGGUAUACGGCAUCGUUCGAUCUGCUCAAUACAACUCGGUUGCUGGAGACGCUGCCUCUCGUCUCGCCGCGGGUUUCCGGCGUCGGCGCGAACAACGAUGCCGAGGGAAUAUAUGCACUCUGCAAAGAUGCCUCUCGCACCCUCAUGCUCGAAACUUCCAUUCGCCGAAGUGAGCACAACGAAGAUGAGGGCGAGAGCCGGGCGCUGAAACCUUGCUCCCUGCCCCACGGCCUUCCCGCGGCUCACUCCAUUCGCACCGGCACGAUGGUCGUCCUGGACGGAUCCACAAUUCGAGUCUUCGACACUUCCACAAGCACAGAAAUACUCGACUGCCAGCGCCGUGUGCACGCCCGCUUCGGCAGCGGCCUAUGGAUGCCAGCUCCACCACCCGCAAGCUGUAAAAUCGCCUUGGCCGCAAAUGGUCGUCUUCUGGCUCUGGCUCAUAUGCACACGAUUCAGCUGUACGAUCUGACCGCGGGAUCGGAGCGGUGUCUUGUCAGUGACGACGUGUCGAGCGUCAACGAGAACUCCAUUGUCGGCGUGGAGUUUGCCCAGAGAGCUUUCCUACUGAGGGUGCACCUGAGUCAGAAGGGACAGGUAGUGUAUCUCGGGUCACCAGCGGAGCACCCUGAGACGCACCCGAGUGCAGACUUCGAGCACUGGGAGGGCACCGGAGGCCUCAAUAAUCGGUUUCUGGAUUCCUCACUUCUCGUCCCGGCGAUUGGAGCCGCGGACGGCCAGAUGGCGUGGCUGUCGGGCUUACAAUUGCUACGACCAUUGCAGAAAGGGUAUUUUUUUGCAGCGCAACGACACGGCGGCGGACACAGCAGUCGCUACACAUUAUCGCACAUCAAAGUCGUCAGCAGCCCGCUUGCCACCGUUGAUGGCGGCAGCGUGGUGGAAGUCAACAGGCUGGAGAGCUUCCUCAGCGCCCAAGACUACAACCUGGCCGGGCUUUCGGAUAUCAACAUGGGCACUUGGGGCAGCAUGCCGAGUGCGCACGAGCAUCGGCCGCGCUUCAUGCUCAGUGCGUGCGGGCGGAUGUUGGUGUUGGCGGAGAGGGAGAAGAGGCGGGAUUGGCCGACGCCGUCGACGCAGCUGUUUGUCUACCGAUUGGCUGGCAUGGAGCGGAUUGCGAAGAGCACCGCCGAUGCACGAAUCGCCAAAUUGAUCGAGGCGGGUUCAGAGAGCAAUCGAACUAUGCACAAGACUCGAGUCGCGGCGGUGCCCGUUUGUCUAGGCGCGACCAAGGGCCAGGAUCUGGAGGUGCUUUCUGAGCCCUGCGAUGGAGCGACGGCCUUGGGAAAGAUCACGUUGACCACAAACGAGACUCGAUGUUCCUGGGUGCUGAACAAUAUCUGA